GCAACCUUGAAAAUUGCAUUGGUACACAUCGGAGUCGAGGAAGCGCAUUGAACAAUAAUCUGAAGGAAACCUGGCAGUUUAAGGGAAAUUGUAAUCCUUGCCAUUUACGGAUCUACGGAUAUAGAUCUAACAAUAUCCAAAAAAAAAAAAAGAAAAUUGCAUUCCAACCAUAUUGAAUGCAAUUUGCUGAUUGCUGCUCGCAACUCUGUGGAUUUAUGUUUAUUACCAAUUUUUCCACAUCUAAUCCAAAUGUAAUUAAAAUAUAUCACCAUUUAACCAAGCAGUGCCAAUAAAUUUACCAUCAGUGAAAAAAUAAUAAGUUAGUGCAAUUGUGUUAGCUAUAGCCAGCCGGCGACUUCACUCACUGCACCACACCAUAAUGAACAUUACACGUAUUCUAGGACAAAAUAACAAGAUCUAUCAAAAAUUUGGCGACUAUUGUAUUACAGAGACGGAACCGAAUCAAUGCAGUAUCAUUUGCUGCUUCUGUCAGGAAGAGCACCACAGCGAAAACGCUUUUUGGGCGCACGUACAACAGUUGCAUGCCUAUGCGCCAGCGCGGCUCUGCAUAAUGCGCGAUACACCAACGUUAACUAGCUGCGAAGGUGACAGCGAUAGCCAUGACAAUUCGCCAAUUGGCAAUGACUGUGAAUCCACCUUGACCACUGCCAAAACGACUGCGCUUCAACCGGUAGCGAAUGAUGCACCAAUGUACGUGGAAGCUGAAUACUUGGAAAGUGUUGUACUAAAUGAUCCAAAUACGCUUUUGGAACUAACCGGCAUCAGCAAUACGUUUCUCGAUUUUCAAGAGCAAAAACCAAAUGGAACGAAGGGCGCAAUAGAGACUGGCAGCCAAGAAAAGGAAAAUGUUCAGCAGGCUGAGCGCAACCUUUCGAACAAAGAAGAUAAGUCGCCGCAUUUAAAAGGCAUACGAAAAAUCAUAGAUAUCGAUAAACUCACACCGAAGCAAUUGCUAGAGGAUGGCGUUCUGUUAAAAAGCCUUUUCCAGCAAAUGCAACGCGCCAGCAAUGAGUUUAAAUAUAAACUCAACAAGCUUACACAGGCCGUACAGCUAAUUGAAAGUGAGCUGAAGAAAGAACCUGGUAGUCGUACGCUCAAGCGCUACAUGAAAAUCAUACCAGAUCAGCCAUUUACCAGCCGUGAUGAAGUGCUCAUAUUGGACGAUGAGCUGCAUCAUAGCAAAGAGAUGCGUGACGCAUUGCACGAAGAAACAAUCGCAUUAGCUGCUGAGAAUGCAGACGUUUUCUGUCGCAUACUCUGGCGUUUUAUUAUGACAGAUGAGGUGUCGAAUCAAUUCUGCUGGCGUGGUGUUGUAAAUGCCGACAAAGUUAUAAAAUAUCCAAUCAAGGAUAUGACCAUGAUGGAUGUGUUUCAAGGAGUUUUUCGUGAAAAGUUUCCUGGCCAAACGCUACAUUUUUUCAAGGAUCGCACAAUGACCUACUUCAAUAAAGCCCACGAGCGUCUGAAACGUAAACAGUUGAACAAAGCUGAUGUUAAUGGUGCGGAAAGUAAUGGCUGUGACUUGGUCUGUACCAAGGUAUUGUCAAAGGCACAGGAAAGUGAUUAUAAGCGCGCCCGUAGUGAUGCGGAUAAGAUUGAAGAUGGUGUGGACUCGGUAUUUGAGGAAGUAUUUUGUGAAUGAAAAACAGCUGAAAUAUGUCAGGAUUUUACGGUACAUCAAAUCAAAGUGGAGCUGCAUAUAAGAUUUAUACCAAGUCGGUGUUGAAACCCAGACAUUAACUUUCCAGUAUUUUCAACUCUAAAAGCCUAGUAACAAAUACGGAGUAAAAGACUUGAAUUACAUUUUUGAUCUCAGGAGAUAUACAUAUAUACAUACCGUCGUUUAAAGUACCGCAAAACCGCGUAACUGACAUUUGCUGCCAAAAAUUGGGUUUGCUCACACAAGCUCUUGGAUCAAUCCGUAUCCAUUCGUCUUGAAAUAUACUAGCAUACAAUAUACAGAAAUUUAAGAUAAGAAGAAAGAGAAUCAUUUUGAAAUAUGGGUGUUCUUACUCUGUAGAAAAUAAUUUAUGCAACCUCACAUACGCAGUUUUGCAUUUUGUUGAUACGCGGUUUUGUACUUUAAACGAUAUGUAUGUAUGCAAUUAAACAUUGUGUGUAAUUUAUAAGCGAUUCUCUCCAGCCUAUGUAGGUGAAUCAAAUAAUAACCUAAAAGACAAACACACAUUUGUAUAACAAAAACAAUAUACAUAUAAACAAUAAAUCUACACUAUAUUUUAACAUACUUAAGUCUACCAUUUUCUUACUAUUUCGCUGUUCUUUUAAAACCGUUAUUUAUAAUUAUACAAGUAAAAGAACUUAUAUUUUUUUGUACUGAAUCGGGGCAAAAUGAAUUUAUUAUAUGCUAAAGUCUUAAAAACAAUAA